AUGGCAACCCCUCUCCCCUCCCCAUCCGCACUCCGCCUCCAAUACGCAUCCUACCUCGAAUUCUGCAACGCCCACGCCUUCAGCUCCAUGGAAUCCUUCUACACGUCCCCCAUAAAAAUCAACGACGUCCCGCUCGCGCCCGCCGAUGUCACAGCGCAGUUCAGACCCCUCGUCGCGGCUUUCCCGGACUGGCAUUGGGAGAUUCGGCAUUUCGCUAUCGAGGGCGAGUACUUGCAUUUGCAUUUCAAAGUUGGAGGCACGCACCUGGGUAUCUUUGAAGGAAUUGCGCCGACGGGACGGAGGGUGGAAACGAGCCAGUUUACGCUGUAUCAUGUUGUUCAGGGGAGGUAUGCUGAGGUUUGGGAUGUUACUGAUUUUGAGGGGGUGAGGGAACAGAUUCGGGUGGGGAUGGAGGGGAGUGAGUAA